CGUUUUGUCAAGCUUUUUACUGUUCUCCCGCUCUCAUAGUUAACACAUUUGUGUUCUUAAAUGCCACAUUAAAUUAUUAAAUUACUGACUCCCAAAAUGAUAAUUUGAUAUUUUAUAAAAGCACUUGGUUACGCCACCUUUUGUGAGGGUUGUUUUUAAAUUAUUUUGUCUGAAGUUAAAAUUUUUGAAUUUGUCUGGAAUUUUUCCUGUUUUGCUUCUGUACUUUCACAAUUUGAACUCAUCGGGCCGCUGUUGCCCAAUAUGUUGCAGUUAGGAUGUGCUUUUGUAACAGAUUUUCACAGUCUACAUCCUGGCGUAGUACUGAUGCACAGCCACUUUAGCUGAGUGCCCGCUUCGGUGUGGUGAUCAUACUAUAGUCUCCUCUGUCAUAUCAAACUGGAACCCUCAUUUUUUACGCUGUGGAUUAAAAAUUACGUUUUUUAUUUAAUCUGCAAGAUUUACGCAACGGAAUAUUCAUUUUAAAACGGAAUAGAACACGAUGGCUGCUGCGACAGAGGUAUCAGAUAGAACAAUGAAACGGCAAGUACUGUUGUUAUUCUCCAUCAUCUGCCUCGAUUCCGUGAUUGGGCAAGUCAGCUACUCUAUUCCAGAGGAAAUGGCAAAAGGCUCUUUGGUCGGCAACAUAGCUCAAGAUUUGGGAUUAGACGUCAAACGGCUUCAAUCUGGUAAAGCACGUAUUUAUACCGGGGACAGUAUUCAGUACAUUGAGCUGAAUAGAGUAAGAGGAGUCCUCGUUAUUAAAGAAAAAAUAGACCGCGAAGGCCUCUGCAGACAGACAACGCCUUGUGCUUUGCAUUUUCAAAUAACGUUAGAGAACCCAUUAGAAAUGUUCCCAGUUACUGUGGAAAUUGCGGAUAUUAAUGACAAUGCUCCGAUGUUCCAAAAGGAGGAGAGGAGGUUUGAAAUCAGCGAAUCUGCAGUCAUCGGCUCUAAAUUUAUGCUAGAGAAAGCAAUGGACCCCGAUAUCGGACUGAAUGGUCUUCAGAGGUACACCCUGAAGCCGAGUGACAAUUUUGUGCUCAAACUGCACUCUCAAUCUGAUGGGAGCAAAAAGGUUGAAAUGAUUUUACAAAAGCCAUUGGACCGAGAGAAACAUGAACACAUAUCUUUAGUAUUAACAGCAGAAGAUGGAGGAGAACCACAGAUGACUGGAACAAUGCAGAUUCAUGUUACUGUACUGGAUGUGAACGACAAUGCCCCUGUUUUUAGUAAACCCGUUUACAAAGCAAGCAUUGCCGAAAACUCCGUUAUAGGAACACUGGUUACAAAGGUUAGUGCUUCUGAUGCAGACAAAGACUCAAAUGGAGAAGUGACCUACGUCAUCGGGAAUAGCAUGGACGGUGUUUCAAAGUUAUUUCACAUAAAUAGUGAAGGGGACUUGAUACUUGAUGCUCCAGUUGAUUAUGAAAAAGAAAAAAACUAUCACAUUGAUAUAGAGGUGAUAGAUAAAGGGGGACUUUCGGAUUCUAGUAAGAUAAUUAUCGACAUAACUGACGUGAAUGAUAACAGCCCUGUAGUAAAUAUGAUCUCGACAUCAGGUUCAGUACCAGAGGAUUCAGCCCUCAAAACGGUAAUAGCAUUAAUGAGUGUAAGUGAUCCUGAUUCUGACACCAAUGGAAAAGUUCAGUGUGUGAUAAAUGAAUAUAUCCCAUUUGAAAUCAAAUUUACGACCAACAAUUUUUAUAGCUUAGUUACAGACAGUGAUUUAGACAGAGAGAGAGCCUCUGAGUACAACAUCACAGUGACGUGUUCUGAUGAGGGAGUGCCCUCCCUCUCCAGCAGCGUCACUCUCACCUUACAGAUCUCUGAUGUGAAUGACAACGCGCCUGUCUUUGAGAGGAGCUCAUAUGAGGCCUACAUUGUAGAAAACAACACACCAGGCCUCUCUAUAUUCACAGUGAAAGCCAGAGACGAUGACUGGAACCAGAAUGCCCGUGUUUCUUACAUCCUGGAGGACUCCUCUGUUAACGGAGUGCCAGUCUCCUCAUAUGUUUCCGUCAGUGCUGAUAGUGGAGUUAUCCAUGCAGUUCGCUCUUUUGACUACGAGCAGAUCAAAGACUUUCAGUUCCGUGUCAGAGCGCAGGAUGGAGGCUCCCCUCCACUCAGCAGCAACGUGACAGUCAAAAUAGUGAUCCAGGACCAGAACGAUAACCCCCCUCAGGUCCUGUACCCAGUCCAGACUGGUGGAUCAGUGGUGGCUGAGAUGGUGCCUCGUGCAGCAGAUGUGGGCUACCUGGUGACUAAAGUGGUGGCUGUUGAUGUGGACUCUGGACAGAAUGCCUGGCUCUCAUAUAAACUGCAGAAAGCCACAGACAGGGCGCUGUUUGAAGUGGGUUUACAGAAUGGAGAAAUCAGAACUAUCCGCCAAGUGAAUGAUAAAGAUGCUGUGAAACAAAGACUGACUGUUAUAGUGGAGGACAACGGGCAGCCGUCUCGUUCAGCUGCAGUCAUUGUUAACGUGGCGGUGGCGGACAGCUUCCCUGAAGUGCUGUCUGAGUUCACUGACUUUACACACGACAAGGAGUACAAUGACAACCUGACUUUUUACUUAGUGCUGGCUUUGGCUGUAGUAUCCUUCCUCUUCAUCACGUGUGUAGUGGUUAUUAUAUCAGUGAAAAUCUACAGAUGGAGACAGUCUCGCACCCUGUUUCACUCCAACCUCCCUGUGAUUCCAUAUUAUCCACCACGUUACUCAGACACUUUGGGCACAGGGACUCUCCAGCACGUGUACAAUUACGAGGUGUGCAGGACGACUGACUCCAGAAAGAGUGACUGUAAGUUCGGCAGAGCUGGUAGUCAGAACGUGUUGAUAAUGGACCCCAGUUCUACAGGGACCAUGCAGCGGAUACAGAGUGAGAAGAGCAUCCUGGAUGAACCAGACUCUCCUCUAGAGGUUUGAUUAUUUCA